GCAAUGUACUUCAACCUGGCGCUGGAUGCAUGAUUGCGAGAGUUGGGCAGUUUAUCAGUGGCAUCCCAGAGACUGUCCCAAUAAUGAGCGUUAACAGGCAGUGUUCAUCUGGAUUGCAAGCUCUGAUUAAUAUUGCUGGUGGCAUUAGAAAUGGUUCUUAUGAUAUUGGUUUGGCCUGUGGAGUGGAGAGCAUGUCUCUCCGCAGCGCUACCAACCCCGGGGAUGUCAGCUCUCGCAUCAUGGACUUCAGCAAAGCGAGGGACUGCCUGAUCCCAAUGGGAAUAACUUCUGAGAAUGUGGCAGAAAGAUUUGGUAUCUCCCGAGAAAAGCAAGAUGCUUUCGCCCUUGCUUCUCAACAAAAAGCAACUCGAGCUCAGAAGUUGGGCUGGUUUAAAAAUGAGAUUGUCCCCGUGGAGACCACCGUCACCGAUGACCAGGGCACUGAGAAAAUAAUCACAGUGCUGCAGGAUGAAGGGAUCAGGCCCAGCACCUCGCUGGAGGGAUUAGCCAGGCUGAAGCCAGCCUUCCAGGAGAAUGGGACUACCACAGCUGGUAACUCCAGCCAAGUCAGUGAUGGGGCUGCUGCAGUGCUCCUGGCCAGACGUUCCGCGGCUGCGCAGCUGGGGCUUCCUGUCCUUGGGGUGCUGAAAUCGUACGCUGUGGUUGGGGUCCCACCAGAUGUUAUGGGCAUAGGGCCAGCCUUUGCCAUCCCAGAGGCACUGAAAAAAGCAGGUUUGACGGUGAAAGAUAUCGAUGUGUUUGAAAUCAAUGAGGCCUUUGCGAGUCAGGCUGUCUACUGUGUGGAGAAACUUGGCAUCCCCAUGGAGAAGGUGAACCCUCUGGGCGGUGCCAUUGCUUUGGGGCAUCCUCUGGGCUGCACCGGGGCUCGGCAAGUUGUCACUUUGCUCAACGAGCUGAAGCGCCGGGGAAAGAGGGGCUACGGCGUGGUUUCAAUGUGCAUCGGGACCGGGAUGGGAGCAGCUGCGGUAUUUGAAUAUCCGGGGAACUGAGCAGAACGUUUUGUGCAACCUGCCCUCAAGGCCUGGGAAAUGACCUGUGAUACGUCCUGAUGUGCAGUCCGGCUUUAUGACUGUUACGGAGAUGAAUUUGUAAUCAAGGAUCUUUGGCCUCCGGUCUUUUAGAAAACCUAUUAAAAAUAGGCCCUUUUGUAUGAGUUAAUCGCGAGGGUGUCCGAUGGAGGUGGGUUGGGGUUGGUGGAGGGAGAUGGGGGGGUACCUGAGAAACUUGACUGAUCAGCAGUCUGAAAAUAGAUUGCCUUAUCUGCAGUGCUGGGAUUAAUGUGCAAUUGGAACAAAGUGUUUUUUCUCUCUCUCCCCUUGAAUAAUCCUUACUCCAACGAGUAAGUUCUAAAGUAGCCAAGGUUCUGCUUUUGGAUGGAGGGGAGAAUAAUGAUUAUUAGAAUCAGCUAGAAAAUGGGGCUGCCAGUCCAUUUGAGGACAAUUUUAAAAAAUCAUAGCACAGCAUUUAUUGCUGCUGGGCUCCAUUUUCAAAAAUUUUCUAGGAACUCAUAAAGAGCCAUUGCUGGUUUGAUAUUUUUUUUUCCUUCUUGUCUCCUUAAUUUUUUUUUAAUCACACAUUAUUUUUGGAGAUGAACUGGGAUAGGUAUCUUUUUUUUUUAAAGAACGUAUUACUGUUACCAUGAACAGGGAGAAAAAUUAUUUUUAAAUCCUUAAAAGGAAAAGAGGCAAAAUAAGCAGGUUAAGGAAUCACACAAUUCAGUGGUUGGUUGUAGCAAGAAAUAGCUGACGAUUGCUUUGCUGGUGUUCUAAAGAGUUAAACCAAUUCUUAAAAAAUGUCUUAAUCAACUAAUUAAAUUUAUGUUAAUGGAAUAAAUUACAUUAAUAAAGCC